GUCACUGUUGAAGCAUUGCCCCCAGCUUGUGCUCUGUGAGCUAUUUCCAAAUUUCUUUUCGGCACAAUCAAAAUUUUCCGGCUAACAAAAUGACGACCCACUUCUUUUACCCCGACAAGGAGCUGCAGGAGGAGCUCACCUGCAUAGCCAAGGGUUUGGUGGCACCCGGCAAGGGUAUCCUGGCCGUGGACGAGUCCAGCUCGCAGAUGGGCAAGCGUCUCCAGUUGAUUGGGGUGGAGAACACAGAGGAGAAUCGUCGCACGUAUCGUCAGCUCUUGUUCACGGCCGAUGCAAAGAUAGCCGAGAAUAUAUCGGGCGUCAUAUUCCCACCCGAAUCGCUGCACCAGAAAACAGACGACAGCGUACCCUUUGCCGAGGUGCUGCGCAAGAAGGGCAUCCUGACGGGCAUCAAGGUGGACAAGCAGUUUGUGCCGCUCUUCGGCUCGGAGGAGGAGUUCACUACCCAGGGUCUGGACGAUCUGGCCGCCCGCUGCUCUCAGUUCAAGAAGGAGGGCUGCAGCUUCGCCAAGUGGCGCUGUGUCCUCAAGAUAACCAAAAAUACGCCAUCCCACCAGGCCAUUCUCGAGAAUGCCAAUGUGCUGGCACGCUAUGCAGCCACCUGCCAAUCGCAGGGCCUCGUUCCAAUUAUCAAUCCCGAUAUCCUGGCCAUUGGCGAGCACGAUCUGGACCGGUGCCAGAAGGUCGCCGAAACCGUUUUGGCUGCCGUCUACAAGUCCCUCAACGAUCAUCACAUCUUCCUGGAGGGCAGUCUGCUGCAGCCCAGCAUUGUGACGCCCGGACUGCAGAGCAAUAAAACCAAUUCACCAGCGGAAAUAGGUCUGUCCACAGUACUCGCCAUACGUCGCACAGUGCCACCUGCAGUCCCUGGUGUCAUGUUCUGUUCGGGCAAUCAAUCGGAGGAGGAGGCGACUAUCAAUCUGAAUGCCAUCAACAAUGUGCCACUGUGCAAGCCCUGGGCCAUGACCUUCGCCUUCGAUAGGGCACUGCAGUCGUCGGUGCUGCGCACCUGGGGCGGUCGCAAGGACAAUAUCGGCAAUGCCCAAAACGAGCUGAUCAAGCGUUGUAAGGCCAACAGUUUGGCCAGCAUUGGCAAGUACAUACCUGGCUCUGUGGAAAGCUCUGCGGCUACGGAAAAACUCGUCCUUGAUGCUAUUGAAUACUAAAUUAAGGAUCAACUGCAACUACUGCAAAUUUUUGGCUAUAAACAGAAAUACAAAUUAAAUUCGAUCAAGGAAAUUUGCGCCCUAAGUAAAGCAUAAAUAAAGGCUAACCUAAAGGCAA